AUGUUGAAGGUUUUGUUAAUCCUGACAAUUCUGUGUGGUUCCGUUUUCACGGAGGAACCUACGGAAGAUACGAAGCAAAGGAAAAGAGGUAUCUUGGGCGGUAGCGACGGAUGGAUUGGUAUAUCGAAUCCAUAUUCUUACGGAAACGGACAACCAUGGGCAGAUAAUCAUAAUCCAUGGAAAAGUAUUAAAUUCGCGAAUAUUAAUUUACAUCACGGAGGAUGGAACGGUUUUGGAAGUUAUGGAAAGGGAAGUUUCACUUUACCAUCCGGAACGGGUCAUGGACCAUUAGUGAAGACACUUCCUGUGUAUAUAACGAAACAUGUGGUCUUGGAAAAACCAGUUCCGGUUCCGGAACCAGUUUACAUAGAGAAACCGUAUCAUAUACCGGUAGAAAAGGUGAUUCCGGUACCGAUCGAGAAAAUUAUCCACAAGCCAGUACCUGUACCUGUACCAGUUCCACAGGCAGUUCCAAUCCCGGUGGAACACGCUGUACCAGUACCGGUGAAACAUCCCGUAGCAGUGCCAGUUCAUCAGCCUUAUCCAGUACCGGUGAAGCAAGGAAUACCGAUACCAGUACCAGUUCCGGUUCCAGUACACUCACCAUAUCCUCCGGUAUUAUCUGGUCCGUUCUACGGUAGAGGUUUUCCGGCCGGUCCCUUCUAUCCAUCGUUACACGGUCAAGCGCACUUUGAUCAUGGCUUUGUCGGGCAUGGUUAUGGUCAUGGAGUUGGUCAUGGCUUCGGUGUAGGCCAUGGCUAUGGUGGCCACGGUUACGGAGGUUAUGGCUAUGGUGGUCACGGCCAUGGAGGUCACGGCUAUGGCCAUGGCUAUGGCUAUGGAUACGGACCGUAUGGAUACGAUCACGCUCAUCAUUACGGUCAUGGUUUUGGUCACGAACGUAAAGAAAAACGAAGUAAAAAUUAGAGUAAAUCGUAAUAGGGAUGAUUACUACUACUCUUCGUAUAGUUUCAAUUAAAAUGUUCAACAAGUUAAGUCUUAACUCUUGCGUACCAAAGUAAAAGUUUAAAAAUCUCUAAACGAUUGCUGUCGCAGAACACGUACAGCACAAAUGCUUGAAUUCAUCGCUGAUGCAUACUUUAUGUGAUCUCAAGGAUGCAACUAGUCCGAACUCGACUCGACUACACGCGAUGAAGUAGCGACUGAAAUUAAAAGAAAAUAAUACAACCUUUUAAACUUAAUAACUAACCAAUGUUAAGUAAUAAUAAGAACAAUAAAUGCUAAGAUUUUAUUUAUACAACGUAACACAAAUC